CCAGGGAAUCUCUCUGUUUAGACCCGGAAGCCUCCCGCUGAAGAAGAUGCCUGCCUUCAACAGAUUGUUUCCCCUGGCUUCCCUCCUGCUCAUCUUGUGGGUUGGAGUCUGCUUCCCUGUGUGUGUGGAAGUGCCCUCGGAGACGGAGGCUGUUCAGGGCAACCCCAUGAAGCUGCGCUGCAUCUCCUGCAUGAAGAGGGAGGAGGUGGAGGCCACCACGGUGGUGGAAUGGUUCUACAGGCCCGAGGGCGGUAAAGAUUUCCUUAUCUACGAGUAUCGGAACGGCCACCAGGAGGUGGAGAGCCCUUUCCAGGGACGCCUUCAGUGGAAUGGGAGCAAAGACUUGCAGGACGUGUCCAUCACAGUGCUCAAUGUCACCCUGAACGACUCUGGCCUUUAUACGUGCAACGUGUCCCGGGAGUUUGAGUUCGAGGCACAUCGCCCCUUUGUGAAGACCACUCGGUUGAUCCCCCUCCGUGUCACUGAGGAAGCUGGAGAGGACUUCACCUCUGUGGUCUCAGAAAUCAUGAUGUACAUCCUCCUAGUCUUCCUCACUCUGUGGCUGCUCAUCGAGAUGAUAUAUUGCUACAGGAAGGUCUCAAAAGCUGAAGAGGCAGCCCAAGAAAACGCGUCUGACUACCUGGCCAUCCCAUCGGAGAACAAAGAGAACUCUGCGGUACCAGUGGAGGAAUAG